CCCCUGACGUCACUUCCAUCAGCGCCAUUAAGCUGCUGUUUCCUUUGUUAAGAGGGGUAGAAAAGCUUCAGCAUUAGCACGCGUUUUCACAACAGCACUAAUCGCUUAAUUUCUCAGCGAAAGUCUCGUAAGCCGUGAGCAAGAUGGAUGCAAACAACAAGAGGAAGAACAGCACCGGGGACAGUAAAUAUCUGCCGGAGUUAUUGGCGGAAAAAGACAGCCUGGACUCCUCGUUCACGCACGCCAUGAAACUCCUAAGCGCAGAGAUUGAGAGGGUGCAGAAAGGUGAACCCAAAAAAGAGUCUGAGACAUACCUGGAUCUGUUCACCGCUAAGAACGUGAGGGUGAAAGAGCGAGUGCUCAUUCCAGUGAAACAGUACCCUCGAUUUAAUUUCGUGGGCAAGAUUCUAGGGCCGCAGGGCAGCACGAUCAAACGUUUGCAGGAAGACACUGGAGCGAAAAUCUCUGUACUGGGCAAAGGAUCCAUGAGAGAUAAGAACAAGGAAGAGGAGCUGAGGAAGGGUGGAGAUCCAAAGUAUGCACACUUGGCAAUGGAGUUGCAUGUCCACAUUGAAGUUUUUGCUCCCAUUCCAGACUGUUACCUGCGUAUGGCACAUGCCAUGGAUGAAGUCAAAAAGUUCCUAAUGCCUGUGGAUGGUCUUGAUGAAAUGCAUCCCGAUGCUUUCAUGGAUCCAGGGUUUUUGAACGGCUCUCAGGAUAUGUCUGGCCACGGCAGAGGCCUCGGCCCUCCUGGCAGAGGCCGUGGUGGCCCACCACCCCCUAGGGGUCGCGGUAUGCCCCCUCGUGGAGCACCACGUGGAGGAGCUCCAAGAGGAGGUCCAGGACGUGGAGCUGCGGCAAGGGGAGCUCCCGUGGGACGAGGUGGACCUCCACCCUCCACACCAAACAGAGGGGGUGCCGCCUCUCGGUCAAGACCACCAGCCCAGUCUCAGAGGAUGACACCAGCAUCGGCGCUCUCCCACCAACAGCACUCGGCCAAACCAGAAGCUUACGGUGAAUAUGCUUAUGAAGAACCAUAUGCAGAGACUUCCUAUGAAGGAUAUGAGAGCUAUUACAGUCAACCUGCUCCACAGCCAGACACAGAGUAUUAUGAUUACGGUCACGGAGAGGCACAGGAGACUUACGAAUCUUACACAGAAGAUGACUGGGAUGGCGGUGCUUGGGGCAGCGCUGGCGGGAAGGCUCCUACUGCCCGUCAGGGCAAGUCGUUUCGGGAGCACCCAUAUGGGAGAUAUUAAGACCUUUCCAUCUCUGCAGUUGUUUGGGCAACCAUCUCCCCUCGUAACCUCUUGUAACAACCUAAAGUAAUUCUAGUUGUUUUUGUAUCCUGUUUUGGUUAACAACACUCCUUUUUAAUAUGAAUCUGCGUAGGACGAUGACCAUUCAUAAGUUCAUGACACAUUUUAGAUUUGCGAUUAUAUGCUGUGCUUAUAUUCUCUUUGCAUUUGUUUUACAAAUUGUUUUCUUGUUUUUUUUUAUUUUUUUAUUUCUUUUAUUUCUUUUUAAUGGUUAAGUGUUCUCUGAAAAAUUGAUAUCUGAAUGCUAGAUAAUUAGCUGAUGUUCAUGUGUAAAAUGACUUGAUAAAAAAAGGAAAAAAAUGCCUGUUAAUAUCACUUAGAUUUAUUCCAAACGCGCUUUUGUAAGGCAUAACAAAAAAAAUAAAUUGAGGGAUGCUCAAAAACAUUAGUUCCUGUACAAAUCAACAUGUUACUUAUUUUUCAAAGAACAAAUUCAAUUUGGUUUGAGGCUAUUAUUGUUUGAAUGUCUCGUGAAAACAUCCAAAAAUUCGCAUCUGCUGAUUCGUUUUGUGCAAAACAAAUCGCAAAGGUUCGAGUUUACUUCUAGACAGGUAAAAGAACUACCCUCUCAAACCUUUGUACGUACAAUACCCAAAUAUUAGACUUGUUCUUUGGUGUUUUUAGUUUUGCUUUUUCCAAAAUAUUAGAAACCUUGUGUGCAUUUCCUAACUAGGGAACUAAAUAUGUCCAAAAUGUGUCCCUAUCAGUUUGUCAAUAAAGCAUAGUUUUCUUUUACAGCCUUCAAAA